CCAUCUCAAUCUCACCCCAACAACGCUACACCUCUCUAAUUCUACGCUCUCGCUUUCUCUGUAGCUUUUCCUAUACCUUGGGCUAUAUCCGCGAAACAAUACCACACAACUUGAUACUCACUAACUGGGGCUAUCUACAAUGUCUGACGACCACAUCCAACAUCAAAUCCAUGGCGACAUGACCUACCCGUCCGACGAAGAACACUCUGUCCUCGAAGACGAUUCCGAUGGCGAGGACAGAGAUAUGGACUACAUGGACGACGACGACGGCUCCUCCUCCCUCUCUAUCCCCAAUGAGUCCAUUGACUUUGACCUCGUAUAUGCCCUUCACAGCUUCGCGGCUACCGUCGAAGGUCAGGCCAACGUCGUCAAGGGCGACAGUCUGUUCUUGAUGGACGACAGCAACAGCUACUGGUGGCUCGUCCGUGUCCUCAAAACGCAAGAGGUCGGCUACAUCCCCGCGGAGAACAUUGAGACACCUUUCGAGCGCUUGGCGAGGUUGAACAAGCAUCGCAACGUUGAUCUCGCGUCCGCAACUCAGGCCGAGCUUCAGGAAUCACGCGAUAAACUCUAUUCCACCCGCACGGGAACGGGAUCGAAAGAGGGACACACACCAUCCCCUACUCCGGGCACGCGUGCCGCCCGGUCCCAACAAUCGAGAGGAGUCCGGUUCUUCGCCGGCUUUGGCGUCCACCGGUAUGCGCCGGCGAUCUGGAACGAGGAAGAGGAGGAAGAGGAGGACAUCGAGUGGGACGACGAGGACUACGAGGACGAGGACCCGGAGCUCGCGGAGGAGUGGGACGACCACGAACGCACCGUCACCGGCAGCCAGGCGCCUCCCUUCGGCAUGGAGCCCGACGACGGCAUGAGCUGGGAGGACGGCGCGGCGGAGGAAAUGCAGCGCGAGCGGAUUCAGAUCGGGGGCGCGUCCGCCGAGCCCCUCGAUCCCGCGCGUAAGGACUCGGGCGUGCUCUCGCCGCGCGAAGACACCGGCGUGCAGCCGCUGCGCCCGCGCGACAAGCUUAUCAUCGUGCAAGACGAAGCACCGACGUCGCCGGGCUCGCCUGGGCGCACGAUGGACCCUGCGCAGGCGACGGAGACGCGCAAGUUGAGCAUGACGCCGCCCGUUGCGCGUACCGACGACCUCGCCGGCGGACCACUCUUGCCCAGCGCGAUCAUGCACCAACAGUCGGAGGAGCGUAAGCGGACGCGCGAGGAGAUCGAAGCGCUUGAGGAGGCGUCGCGCAAGAAGGCGCAUCUCGCGGGUCCCGCGAAUGCACCCAGAGGCAAAGUCACCGCCACGGUGUCUGUUGGUGACGUCGCCGCCUCCAAGGUUGCGGCCGGCAAGCUGCGCAAGGACCGCGAUCGUGAUACGACUGACGAUGAGAGCGGGAAGGAGGGGAAGGACAAGAAGAAGAAAGGCGGAGUGUUCGGGGGACUAUUUGGGCGCAAGAAGGACAAGGAGAAGGGGAAAGACAGGUCGGACACUGGCAGCGCGGCGAGUGCGGACUCGCUCAGUCGCGAGUCGGAAGAGUCGGGGAGGUCUCAGCACUCGAACACGCUUACGCCGCCGACGUCCGCGGAGGUCUCGUCGCCAACGACGACAAGCGCGCGGCAGCAACAGCAGCAGGCGAUGCUUGCACAGAAGAACUCUGCGGACCCGAAGAGGCUCAUGAACCAGCAGCAGCCGCAACAGACCUCGUCUCAGCAAGUCUCUCCGCAAGAAGCGUCGCAGUCGCAGCAAAACCGUCCACAGCCAGAUGGCCAAGUGCAGGUGCAGCUCUCGCAGCACGCGUCGCAGCUUCGGCAGCGCGACCAGCAGCAGCAAAUGUUGUACCAACAGUACCUCAAUCGCUCGCCCGCGACACCACCCGAGGCGCAGCCAUCAUAUGGCCUGCAGUCAGCUGCAGUCAUGCCCGGCGGUUCCAUGUCGUUCACCUCGUCGAUGAGCUCGGCGUCCGGACUCACGGCGAGCGGCUCGCGCCCCCGCCCCGGUUCGCUCGUCCUUUCGCCUACUGCAAUGGACGGACAGGGCGUCGGGUUGCCUGACCUCAGUGUCGUCCGCAUCUUUGCCGGAGACGCGCUCCAGACAGAGGCGACCUUCAAGACUGUGCUAUUGAACACGUCUACGACCGCAUCGGACCUUGUGCGCCAGGCCAUCCAGCGCUUCCGUCUCCCGGCGGGAGAGGACGAGAAGGACUACUACCUGACCAUCAAGCAGGUCGAGGGUUCCUCCGCGGUUCUUCGUGCGGACGAGCGGCCGCUCGGCGUGUUCGAGUCGCUCGUCGAGGCCGCGAUGGAGAUCCCCAAGGUGAAGCGGAGCAGUGUGGGCAGUAUCAGCUCGGUUGCGAGCAACUUAUCCAUGCACCCGGCGAUCAAGAAGCUGUCGAUGAACGACUUCACGGACGACUCGCAGGUCAAGUUCUACCUGAACCGCCGCGGAAACGGCGACGAUACCUUCGGCGAGGAAGGGGAUGAGACGCUGCUUGCGGAGAGUGUCGACGACGAGGGUGGCGAGCACACACGCAACCGCCCGCAGUACCUCUCUGUAUCGACUGCGGGCGGCAACCACGUUCCGCCUGAGCGGUUCAGCUCGCCCUCGUUCCGAUUCGGGAUGCAGCUGGUCAUCUACCCAGAGGACCUGCCGGACGACAUGGUGUUCGACCCGCAGACGGAGGCGAUCGUGUUCAAGAGCACGCUCCGGAACCGCCCGCAGGCGAGCCAGGUGCCGUCUCCGGGCAUCUCGCAGGUGCUGCGCAAGAAGAUCUUUGUGUUCCCGAAGAAUAUCACGGUUGCGGAGGUCAUCGAGCAGGGCCUUGAUAGGUUUGGGAUCCCGGAGGGUGUCGUGGACGGGGGCGACGAGAUUGAGGAUAAGAUGACGAAGCGGCGAAGCUCGUCCCGGGUGCGGUAUGGCUUGACGGUGGACGUCAAUGGCAAGGAGCGCGAAUUGUCGCCCUCCAGCAAGGUGAUCGACGCGUUCACCCGCGCGCCGACUUACCGCCAGGUCGACCGCAAGUUCGAGAGCAAGCGUCGCUCUGUAGAUUCCGCUCAGCUGUUGAUCGGUUCUGCUGACGACGUCCGGCCGGACGACCCAGUCUUCAUCUUGCGCCGCGCCAUCGCCUACCGCAAUUCCUCUACAAGGCAUCGCUCGUCUGCACCCCUUGACGAGCUCGCUCUGCAGCACUUACGCGACUCUAUCGCCAGCUCCAGCACUGCGUCCGACACCACUGCACAACCCGAAGAGAACACUCGGCGCCAGCCGUCGAAGCAGGACAUCAUCGCCGCCCAGCGUGCGGCGACGCGCGCGAACCAGCGCGCGAUUCUGUCGGCCAACACGAACCUGCAGCGGGGCUUCGAUGUGGUUCUGCCCGGCAACGCGAUGCUGCGCAGCUCGCGGUAUGAGGUCGAUGACCGCAUGCGGUACUCGUACGUUGAACCCGAUGGGGAGACAUACGACAUCAGCGAUAUCGUCGAGGAGGAAUGGCGCGGAGAGGUCGGCCCGCAGGGUGCGAAGACGAACCCGGCGAGCGAAGAUCUGUUGCAUGGUGUGCUCGCGCACGGCAAGGACGGGCUCGGUGCGAAGCUCGACCGCGUGCUGAGCAAAAUUAAACACGAGAAGGGCGCGGGGCGUGCGCCGUUGUCACAGUCGUCGUCGGGCCAGACGGUCGACUCGGCGGACUCGCUGAGGAUGAGCGCGGACUCGACGUAUUCGAACAUCGAGCCGCCUCACCAGACGUCGUCGUCCCGCACAAACACGCCGACGGCGCACAACAGGAGUGGGUCGGCGUCGGUCACGGGUGGCCAGCGCGUCGCUUCUCCGAUGCAGUCCCGCAUGUCGAGCUACAGGACGGCGAGCCCGGGCGAGUCGGACUACCAGCGCUCGCAUACGGCCACGCCCACUGGACGCAACGCUGCUGCACGCGGAUUCCCUCCCCCGCACGAACGCCAGUCGUCGUUCGCGUCCGCGGUGUCUGAUUACCGCACGGCGACGCCGUCGUCGCCGCGCGAGCCGAUGCCAUCGCUGGGGCCCGCGAAGGAAGACGAGAAGCCGAAGCUGGUGCUGCCGAAAAACGACUUUGGGCUGAACGAGAUGAUGGCGGUAAUCGAGAUGCGGGCGGCGCUGAGCGCGAAGACCACACCGGAGCGCCCGCCGCUGGACUCGGUGGAGGAGAUGCUGUUCGGACGGCCGCUGGACCGGGCGGCGCUGCACCCGCAGAUCAGGGAGAUCUACGCGAGCACGUUCGCGCAGUUGGAGGAGAUGGACCAGACGCUGGACGAGCUGUUGCAGCAGGCUAUUCAUGUCCACUGAGAAAGGCACACAUUCUGACGAUCAUGACGUAUUUAUCGCGGUCCCCGUCGCGUGUAUCUUACAGCUACCCCCUUUGCUUAGUAUUUAUGCACUGGCUAUU